UGAAGCUGGAUACCAUGCGACAGGGUUAGAGACCCUGUUGAGAGCUCCGGAAAGACCACUGAAUGAGGCUGAGAAGGCAAAGCCUUAGUUGCAGUGGAGAUGCCAGGACAGUGGGACAUCUUCCACAGCCAUAGUUGUGGAAUAGAGCCAGCCUAAGCCUAAAAGGAAAGCUGUGUAUGCGGCAAGUAACAGCUGGAGGGCACAGGGCUACUUUUGAGCCCAUCAGAAUGCGUCAUGAAUCCAGAUGCUGGACGUGGAACUACACAAUUAGAUGGCUGACUCUGAUCCUGGGGAAAGAAACUAUGAUAACAUGCUGAAAAUGCUGUCCGACCUGAAUAAGGACCUGGAAAAGCUAUUGGAAGAGAUGGAAAAAAUCUCAGUGCAGGCAACCUGGAUGGCCUACGAUAUGGUGGUCAUGCGUACCAACCCCACACUAGCAGAGUCCAUGCGCCGGCUGGAGGAUGCCUUCCUCAACUGCAAAGAGGAGAUGGAGAAGAACUGGCAAGAGCUACUCACCGAGACUAAACGCAAGCAGUAAGCCACCAUUUGUCACCAGCCUGAGUGCAGAAGCCAGGGCAUGGGUUCAGAGGCCCAGGUGUGUAGCUGUGUGCACGGCACUCGUUUCUCAAUAAACUUAUUUUCAAGCAAACCCAAGAGCUCCUUUCUGUCUUGCACUAUGAUUGACAUAACUUCAUAUCAGACUCUGUGAGCAAAGAACAGUGUGUGAGGGAGAUG